AUGGUGCCUAAGCUGGUGCGCAGACCCACCCGCUCCCUCUACCUGUGCCUGGCCUGUCUGUCCCUCGCCCUGCACCUCUUCCUGGUUUUCUUCUGCGUCGUGGUGCUUCAGACGGCCUGUGUACCACCCUCCUCCUCUUCCUCCUUCUCCUCCUCUUCCUCCUCCUCCUCUUCCUCCUCUUCCUCCUCCUCUUCCUCCCUUGCAUCAGUCCAAAAAUCAACCACUCAAAACACAAAGUCCAGCAGCGGCGCGACGCAGGACCAGGCCGCAUACCCGACCACCACAGACAGGAAAUCAGUGGAGCAUGCAAAGGUCAAAGGUCACUCGAAGCUGGAAGAGUUAUUUAAUCACCCGCUGUACAAUCUGUCGCGUCCACCGCUCCAAGAAGAUGAUUGGCUCCUGAGGGUGAAGCCAGAGGAAGAGACAAGUGAGAACGUGAAGGAGAGUCAGUUUGAAAAAGAAUCAUUUCUUGGAUUCAUCAUGACCUUUGACCUCUCCAGGGUGAGCGCCAGUGCGGAGACGGGCUACGAGAAGAUCAGCUGGACCCGAGACGUCCGCACGCACCCGCCGUGGCUGCGCUUCCACCUGGGCAUCACGCGCUGGCGGCUGUACGACCCCAGGGACCCGGCUCUGGAGCAGCUCAUGCGUUACCUGGCGACGGAGCGCAUCCUAGGGGCCGUUCAGAAAUCCGGAGGAACGCAGCUGAAGUUGGUCGUUUCAUUCCCAAACUACGGACAAGCUCUGCUCAAACCAAUGAAACAGUCCAGAAACGCAGAGACAGACUUCAACCUCUUCUACUUUUCCGACUUUGAGCGACACAACGCCGAGAUCGCAGCUUUUCACCUGGACAGAGUACUCGGCUUCAACAGGAUCCCCCCAGUGGUCGGGAGGCUCGUUAACGUCACCACAGAAAUCCGAGAGCUCACCACGGACCGAAAGCUGUCUCGGACCUUCUUCACGUCUCCUGCGGGUAAUGUGUGCUUCUACGGCCAGUGCGAGUACUACUGUUCCACGGAGCACCCCAUCUGUGGUCGUCCUCACGCUCUGGAGGUGUCGCUCGCCGCCUUUUUGCCCGAUCUCGACCUGGCCCCUCGCAGGUCUUGGAGGUCGCCAUGGAGACGGUCCUACAGUCGCACGAAGCUGGCGCAGUGGGAGAAGGACCCAGAUUACUGCGACACAGUGAAGAAGACUCCCCCGUACGACCAGGGCACCAGACUCGUGGACGUCAUCGAUAUGGCCAUACUGGACUUUCUUAUGAAUAACAUGGACAGACAUCACUACGAGACGUUUGAAAAGUUUGGGAACGAGACAUUUCUGCUGCAUCUGGACAACGGGCGAGCGUUCGGACGUCACUCGAUCGAUGAGCCCUCGAUCCUCACGCCUCUGAAACAGUGCUGCAGGAUCCGGCGCUCCACCCUGCUGCGCCUGCGUCUCUUGUCCGGCGUCCGUCUGUCAGAUGUGCUGCGUGAGUCUCUGUCCCGGGACGCUCUGUCUGCGGUGGCCCCUCUGCUCUCAGAAGCUCACCUGUCGGCUCUGGAUCGCCGUCUGGACACGGUUCUGAAAGCUGUAGAUCAAUGUCUGGACAAACGCACAGAUGCGGUUUAUGACGACGUGGAAGAUACAGGACAGAGCAGAGACGGGAAAACAGUGUGA